AUGCCCAAGAGGUCGACGACGCUUGACAAGGGCCCCGGCGCGGUGCGUGAAUGGCCAUGCCGGCCGUGUGUCUCGCGGGCAGAGAACCCCGACGACCGCUGCUGCAAGCAGCGAGGGACCGGCGUCGCGUGUUUCGCGUGCGCCGCGGUAGGGAAGACGUGCCAGCCGCUUGACCGGUCGGCCCUCUAUCGGGCAGAGGUGACUGCGCUCCUCGAUGCCCAGGAACGCUACGCCAACGGAGACGGUGAGGAUGACGACUACGAGGCCAUCUGGUUGGCGGCCAAGCAGGCGAUUCGCGACCCCGAAGUGUACCCGCGGCGCUCCUUUAGAGGGGCCGCCUCGUCCGCUUCGUUCGGCGACGGCGUCGGCUCUCACACGCGAGAACUGUUGGAUAUCGGGGAGCGCAUCGCCACCGCGCUGGAGAGGAGCGUCGUUCUCUUGCAGAGGGGCGUGGACCUCUUGGAGAUGCGCCUCCCCCCUGCUCCGACCGAUACUGCUUCGCGUGGUAGUGCUUCGCGUGGUAGUGCCUCGACUGCCAACAGCAUCUCCUUGAAGCGCAAGGCGCCCGAGCUCGAGUCGGACGGGGUUAUCAACAUUACCAUUCAUUGA